ACGAUUAACUAAGAAUAAUAGUCAACUUCAUAAUUGUUAAUAUUCUGAAAUAAGACUUGAUGACGUAUGCAGCCUAGUAAUGUGACCUUUCUUUUUUUUUUUAGAGAAACGUGCAUCAUAGCAGUUUGCUUUCCACGGGGAAAAUCGCUCUCAAUUCCGGGAAAUUUCGCGGCUUUUCUUCCAGCUACACCACAAUAAUAUUUUGCCUUCUUAAUCAAAAAGUCAUCCGAUUCAACCAUCAGAAAAUGACUUCUACUACUUUACAGAUGAGUUUGAAUGGACUAGAUAAUGAUGAGCCAAACACCAGUCCCUUAUACGACUAUGGUGACUACUACAGUAAAGAUCUUGAUCCAUCUGUGUUAACCUGUGAUUAUGGAGUUCAUGCAACCAACAUCCUACCUGUGUUAUACUCUCUGUUCUUCGUGUUGGGCCUACUGGGUAACCUGCUGAUGUUAUGGGUGAUGUUGAUGGGUGUAAAGCUGAAAAGCAUGACUGACAUCUGUCUCCUGAACCUGGCUUUAGCUGAUCUCCUGCUGGUCUUCUCUCUUCCGUUCCUGGCUCACUAUGCCAGAGAUCAGUGGGUCUUUGGAGGCCCCAUGUGCACCAUAGUUUUAGGCGUCUAUCACAUUGGAUUCUACAGUGGGAUUUUCUUCAUUGUACUGAUGAGUGUUGACAGAUAUUUAGCUGUGGUUCAUGCUGUGUUCGCAUUGAAGGUCAGAACAAAGACAUAUGGGAUUUUUGCCAGUAUGGUCAUCUGGAUCAUUGCUGUUGCUGCAUCGUUUCCCGAGCUUAUGUACCUGAAAAUCAAUGAACACAAUAAUAAAACAUACUGUCAGUCUUAUCCAACAGAUGAUCACAACUCUCACCAUUAUGCAAACACUGUUGGUAUCAUUAAGAUGAAUGUUUUGGGAUUAAUUAUUCCACUGUGUGUAAUUGGAUUUUGUUACUCAAUGAUUCUUCACAGACUCUUAACAGUUAGCUCUUCCAGGAAACAGGCCAUUAGACUUGUCAUUGUAGUAAUGGUUGCCUUCUUCUGCUGUUGGGCUCCAUAUAAUAUUGCAGCUUUUGUGAAAGCAUUGGAGCUAAAUAAACUCAUAGAGCCAUCCUGUGGAAAAAGCAAAGCAAUCACUCUUAGUCUUCAGAUCACAGAAGCUCUGGCUUACUCACACAGCUGCUUGAAUCCCAUUCUCUAUGUGUUUGUAGAACAGAAAUUUAGGAAACACCUUUACAAACUCCUGAACAAAACACCAAUCAGCAGAUUACAGUUCAUGAAUAGAUACCUUACACAGGCUACAGGAUUGGUUUAUUCACAGACAACCAUUGUGGAUGACAUUUCUACAGUAAUGUGAAUGGAGAUAUAAUAAAAAACGGUUAAAUAUAGUAUCUCUAGACAGAAAUGCAAUAUAAUAUACAUAUCUAUAUUAUUAGUUGUGUAAAGACCUAUGAGUUUUGCGCUUACAGAGGGGCACCCUUCCGAUCUCUCUGAUGAAGCCAAUACAGAAGUGAUUUAAACUGCAAUUCAUCGACUGGCCACUAGAGGCUCCAAAAGAGAGUCAAUUCCCAAAGACCUCCAUGUUAAAAUGUCUACCUUUACAGUAGAAAAUAAUAUGUUUACAGCCUGGUACAAAAAGUGUUUUUGGUCUAUAUAGCUAAUUUUGCCCUUGUUGAAAACUGUGAGGGGGUGAAUUCUUUUGUAACUCCUCUGUUUAAAUAUAUUAAGCCUUAAAGUUCUGAAUAAUUAAGGGCGUGGCCAAUGAGUGACGGUUGAAUAGCCACUGCUGUCACUAGAGUCAAGCUAGGGGGGCAUGGUUUUAGCAACCAGUCACCUCAGCUUCACCCAUGUCCAGUCUCUUUACUCAUUUUUGGAUAUCCGCGAGUGAUGCGCAGUUAAGCGCGGGCAUGAUAGCGAUAGCAGGCACCGCCUACUUUAAGCCUAAAAAAUUUUCUUCAGAAACCUAUGGGUGUUGUCACGGACACUACGUCCAUUUUUUUUACAGUCUGUGGUGCUCGCGCAUCUUAUCAAUGUACUUUGGGCAACAAUAUAAUGUCCUCUCUCAUUUGUCAGUAAAAUAGUGCCUUGAAGUCUUAAAUCGAUUUUAACAGAAAUAAAAACACACCUUUUAUUAUAGAAUACAAUCUGCACAAACAAGUUGACAGUAAAAUGUAUGUGCAUGUCUUGACUUAGCAGUUUUCAUUUAGUAAUUUAUUCAAAGCGACUUAAAAAUAAUAUAAACAAUAGAAGCAAUUAGAGCAACACAAGAACAGCAACAAAUACAUAAGUGCAAUAAAACUACAGAUCCAGAUUAGGUACAUGAUAGCGAUCAUUUUCCCUUUUUGGGAUGGCACCACAAUACGUAGCUUGUUGGCAGAGCGCAGGUGGCAGAGAGGUGCAAAAAGGAGUUAUGCAGUAUAUGCAGUUCAUGGGGCACAACACGAGGGGGGGCGCCAUUGUGCCAAAGUGUUUAAAAAAUGCUAAAUAGAAUCUUAUUAACUUUAUUUUAUAAAGUUUAUUGGUUAAAUAUAAUGAAAUUAAUUUUGCAUGUCAUUUAAAAUAAGUUAAUAUAUUAUUUUAUUAUAUCAAGUGUCAACUGCUAACCCUCAGCAUAGACAAAAACAGUCACAUGACCCAAAACUGGAUUAGGGAAACGUUCUGGGGCAGUAGAAGCACAGAAUAGAAAGACAGAGCAGUAACGUGACUACAGUUGUUCUCUCCUUAGCAGUGCCCAAUCCACCUCCAUCUUCUCAUAAUAAUGGUCCCAAUACUGUCCUGAUUGCAACAAGCAAGCAGUUGCUCAUUAGAGAUGGUGUUUGGCCAGAAAAUCUUUCUUGAAUUAUAUUAAAUUCAAUUCUGGUGGUGCAGUAUUGAUGUCAAGAUCAUGCUCUGCUCCCUGAAUGUCAGCUUUUGAUGUUGGUGGUGACCUGUUUAAAACCUCAUUAAAGUACUCAGCCCAGCGGGCGUCAAUUUCUUUUUCUGAUGUUAGUAGUCUCCUCUUUUUGUCUGUAAUUGGUAUGCCUUUAGUUCCACAAUAUUUGCCACAGUUUACCUUGGUUAUUUUUUAACACCUUUCCUUGUUCUCCCUUGCUAGCUGCUUCUUCAGCCUGGCUUGCAAGGUCAUCCCUAAAGAAACUUUUGUCUGAUCUUACCAAUCUCUUCACUCCUCUAUCUGCUUGUUGAUAGCUUAGCUUGUAUCUCUCUUUCAGUCUCUCUGAUUUAACGUCUAAAAGCUGUUUCUUCAAUCCUCUCCUGGUACUGUACUUAUGGCCUUCAAAGUGUCUUCUUUGAUCCAUUCUUUUCUUUUCGUUUCUUUUCUUUGGUACUCAAGCAUACUUUGCUGGUCUGAAGAUAAGCUGCUUUAAGAUGCUCCCACCUGGUGUUUACAUCUAGUUGUUCAGGUUUUGUGUAGUCUUCCAUAGCUGCCAGGGCUUGAUAUUUGUUCCUCAGUUGUAGAACAAAAGUACUUUUGAUUUUGGGGUUCUAUAGUUUCUCCACAUCUAAUUCCUGCCUUCCUGGUCUUUUGACCCCUGUCUUCCUCAGCUUUACUUUUACUGUUGCUACAACCAUAUGAUGGUCGCUGCCAACAUCGGGUUCCCUCUUAACUCUUACAUCCAGAAGUCAUCUUCGCCAGGUACCAUAGCUCUCUCAUAGUUGGUGUUGUCAUUUCCAAUCCUCUAAGAGGAUCACUACCUUGUCGUGGUUUAGUGGCUUGCAUGUCUCAAUGACCUAGAGAGCUAUGCUGGCUGGAGCCUCUAUUUUCCUGGUAGGGCCACUUAUGCCAGACAGGUCAAAGGAUAGAGACCAGAGUAACAGUGUUCCCUGGUCCUCCAGGUUGGGGGUUGGACACUGGGCUAACAACCCAGUUCUAGAAAAAAUAUAGGUGUUACCGAAACCGCAAC